UCUUCAUCCCACAACACAAACUCAUUCCUCUUUGUAAUUCCCAUCCUUCCCAAAAUGGAGGCCAAGUGGAUUCUUGUUCUUUUCUCAAUCAUCCUCGUAGUGCAAAAUGUGAAUGGUGAAGAUGAGUCAUUAUCAUCGUCUGUGAAGCCAUUGGUGAAGGUAGUAAAGGGCAAGAAGCUGUGUGACAAGGGUUGGGAGUGUAAGGGAUGGUCUGCUUAUUGUUGUAACCAAACCAUUUCAGACUAUUUUCAGUCUUACCAAUUUGAGGACCUUUUCUCUAAGCGCAACUCGCCUGUGGCGCAUGCGGUGGAUUUCUGGGACUACCAUUCUUUCAUUACUGCUGCCGCUCAGUACCAGCCUCAUGGCUUUGGUACCACAGGAGGCAAGUUCCAGGGGAUGAAGGAAGUUGCGGCUUUUCUUGGCCAUGUUGGCAGCAAAACUUCAUGUGGAUAUGGGGUAGCUACAGGAGGACCAUUGGCUUGGGGUCUAUGCUACAACAAGGAGAUGAGUCCUGACAAGUUAUACUGUGAUGACUAUUUCAAAUACACUUAUCCUUGUGCUCCUGGAGCUUCAUACCACGGCCGUGGUGCCUUGCCACUCUACUGGAACUACAACUAUGGAGAAGCAGGAGAAGCCCUGAAGGUGGACUUGUUGAACCAUCCAGAAUAUAUAGAACAGAAUGCUACUCUGGCCUUUCAGGCUGCAAUUUGGAGGUGGAUGACUCCAGUGAAGAAGAACCAGCCUUCAGCCCAUGAAGUCUUUGUUGGAAAGUGGAAACCUACCAAGAAUGACACAUUGGCCAAAAGGGUUCCUGGAUUUGGCACAACCAUAAAUGUUCUCUAUGGGGAUCAAGCUUGUGGUCAAGGUGAUGUUGACUCCAUGAACAACCCUAUCUCGCAUUACCUGUAUUACCUUGAUCUUAUUGGUGUUGGCCGAGAAGAGGCAGGUCCUCAUGAUGUGCUCAGCUGCGCUGAGCAAGAACCUUUCGAGCGUUCCUCUUCUACUUCAUCAUCUUCAUCUUCUUGAACCUCAUUUGUCGAGCUAAUCCCCUGAAAAUGCAUAUCAAUAAGGACGGCAUGUGUUUUGUUUUGAGAAUAUAUGCAUUAAAGAGCAAGGAAUUAGGGGAGGAAAAAAAAGUCAGAUUUUAUAGUCACUCUUAUCUUUGUGUGAAGUUGUUGUAAACUGCCAUUUGUUAUAACUAUGUAAGUUUUGUGAUUUCUGGUCUUUACAUUCUAAACUUGAUAUGCAAUUCUUCAGUUUGAAUUGUAUGAACCAUGCUAUUGUUGUAUAUAUGCACAUUAUAUAUUGAUGAAUCUUAUGAGCCUUGUUGAGAUA